AUAGGGGGUUGUACAUCACCUGACUGCUGUCUACGAAUCAAGAAGACAUGCCUUAAAAUGAAGCAUGGUGGACAGACCCUGUGAAGGGCUCUUACCUUGAAAACAGCAUGAUUGGCUUCCAUGUCAUCUUUGAAUAUGAGUGACAUUCCUAGUUUCAGCAUGCCCUCAUAGAGACCAGCAGACCAGGGCUAUUCUUUCAGGAAGCCUCGCGCUGGAAGUAGUGUAUUGGAUGUCUGCACAUGGACUGGAUUGCCCACUGACUCAUAAGAAUAUUGAAAGCUGGUAAACAGCUGAAGACAGGCGGGUUUAAGGAAGCAGCUCCAACCCCCUUAAGGCUUUGAACAUCUUGAAAGAAGAUCAUUGUAGAGAUGAGUGAGAAGAUUGCAGUCAUUUCUACAUUUGUUUCUAGACAUUCAUUAUCUUUGUUAACCCAUCCACUUGGUGCAUGAUAUUUGAGUUAUUUUCCAUGACUGUAAUAGCUCAUAAUCUGCUUCUCAUCAGUUUUAUCUGUGGGUACGAAAUCACAUAAGUAAGAGGUGAAACAGGAACCGUUUAUUGGGAUAUCGAUGCCCUCACCUCCACAGAAAUGGACAUUCGUUGACUAAUCACUAAGGAGUGAGAGAGUUGUUUCCUGUAAUGAUGUACUCUUUCAGUGAAGUUCUGUUUUAGCUACCCAAGGUGUCCUUUUGGACAAGUUUUUAGCACUGAAGAGCUAAUAAUCAUAAAAUAAGAAUCAAGCCGUUUGUGGUGGUGCACACCUUUAAUCCUAAUACUCGGGAGGCAGAGGCAGUUGGAUGUCUGAGUUCAAGGCCAGCCUGGUCUGCAGAGCAAGUACCAGGACAGCCAGAGCUACACAGAGAAACCUUGUCUCGAAGGAGGAAAAAAAAAAGAAUUGCAUCUUUGAAGAAAAAUCACAGCUUUCCCAGGCUGGGAGGAAAAAUAUGGAAUGUGCUGUACCACUGAAUGAACACAACCCAAUGAACUGUACUGCCCAUAGUUCCGAAACCAGCAGCUAACAGUUUCUUCAGACUUCAGCACUGUCCAGCACUUUCCAGACCAGACUCGCUGUUUGCAAGAACUCUUGGCCUCCCGAAGUUAGCAACCUCAGACUUUGUUUAUUUAAAAUACUUCUGCACAAGAAAAGUACCCCAGAGCCCAUUCUCCAAAAUGGCCAUGGAUGGGUAUCUGUGGAUGGUCAUUUUGGGUUUUAUUAUUGCUUUCAUCCUGGCCUUUUCAGUUGGUGCCAAUGACGUUGCCAACUCCUUCGGAACCGCAGUGGGCUCUGGCGUGGUGACCUUGAGACAGGCGUGCAUUCUGGCUUCGAUAUUUGAAACCACGGGCUCUGUGCUGCUGGGAGCGAAAGUAGGGGAGACGAUCCGGAAGGGCAUCAUCGACGUGAACCUCUACAAUGACACCGUGGAGACCCUCAUGGCUGGGGAAGUGAGUGCAAUGGUUGGCUCAGCUGUUUGGCAGUUGAUCGCAUCCUUCCUGAGACUUCCAAUCUCAGGAACUCACUGCAUAGUCGGCUCUACCAUAGGCUUCUCCCUUGUGGCAAUCGGUACCAAAGGCGUGCAGUGGAUGGAGCUUGUCAAGAUUGUGGCUUCCUGGUUUAUAUCGCCGCUUCUUUCCGGCUUCAUGUCUGGUGUGCUGUUUGUGCUCAUCAGGAUGUUCAUCUUAACCAAGGAGGACCCUGUUCCAAACGGUCUCCAGGCGCUUCCUCUGUUCUAUGCCGCUACUAUAGCAAUAAAUGUCUUCUCCAUCAUGUACACGGGAGCACCAGUGCUGGGGCUGACGCUUCCCAUGUGGGCCAUAGCUCUCAUUUCCUUUGGCGUCGCUCUGCUCUUUGCCUUCUUCGUGUGGCUCUUCGUGUGUCCCUGGAUGAAGAGGAAGAUAGCAGGCAAAUUAGAAAAGACGAGCGCUUUAUCGCGAACUUCCAAUGAAAGUCUCAGUAAAGCCCAGGAGGUGGAGUCCCCCUUUAAGGAACUCCCUGGUGCCAAAGCCAGCGAUGACAGUGCUGUCCCCCUCACCAGCCCGGCUGGGGAGGCUGUGGGACCUUCUGAGGGCACAUCAACAGGAAACCACCCCCGGACAGCCUAUGGACGGGCACUUUCCAUGACUCACGGCUCUGCAAAGUCACCCAUCUCCAACGGCACGUUCGGCUUUGAAGGCCACAUGAGGAAUGACGGUCAUGUUUAUCACACUGUACACAAAGACUCGGGGCUCUACAAAGACUUGCUGCACAAAAUCCACGUAGACAGAGGCCCCGAGGAGAAGCCCGCUCAGGAAAACAACUACAGGCUGCUUCGGCGGAACAACAGCUACACCUGCUACACCGCGGCCAUCUGUGGCAUGCCGGUGCAUACCACCUUCAGAGCCCCAGAUGCCUCCUCCGCCCCCGAGGACAGCGAGAAGCUGGUGGGCGACACGGUGUCCUAUUCCAAGAAGCGGCUUCGCUACGACAGCUACUCCAGCUACUGCAAUGCGGUCGCCGAGGCCGAGAUCGAGGCUGAGGAGGGGGGCGUAGAAAUGAGGCUGGCCUCUGAGCUGGCGGAUCCCGACCAGCCUCACGAGGACCCCACGGAGGAAGAGAAGGAGGAGAAGGACACGGCAGAGGUCCACCUGCUCUUCCACUUCCUGCAAGUCCUCACUGCCUGCUUUGGGUCCUUUGCUCAUGGUGGCAACGAUGUGAGCAAUGCAAUUGGUCCCCUCGUGGCUUUGUGGCUGAUCUAUGAACAAGGUGGAGUUAUGCAAGAAGCUGCUACGCCAGUCUGGCUGCUGUUUUAUGGAGGAGUCGGGAUUUGCACAGGUCUCUGGGUUUGGGGGAGAAGAGUGAUCCAGACCAUGGGAAAGGACCUCACUCCCAUCACACCUUCCAGUGGCUUCACUAUUGAGCUGGCCUCUGCCUUCACCGUGGUGAUUGCCUCCAACAUUGGGCUUCCUGUCAGCACCACACACUGCAAGGUGGGCUCCGUGGUGGCCGUGGGCUGGAUACGCUCGAGGAAGGCUGUGGACUGGCACCUCUUCCGGAACAUCUUUGUGGCCUGGUUCGUGACUGUCCCCGUGGCCGGAUUAUUCAGUGCUGCUAUCAUGGCUAUCUUCAUGUACGGGAUCCUCCUGUCAUAGGCGUGGUCUGUAAACGGCUCUAGGGAUAGUCUAACACCUCUCCCCCUCCCCCCCACACCUGCACACCCCUCCCACACACCCUGCAGAUGGCGUCAUCAUGACACACACUGCUUACCCAGGCCACAGACGUUCAUCCUCCAGAGUCAGCCUAACUCCUGUACAUAGUAGUAUGUAUCAGACUGGUAUUGUGACGACACAAUGUGGUGCAGUUACUUAUAUUAAAUAUACAUCGUGUACCUAGGAUAUCUAGCGUUGAUUUCAAACAAACUCAGAAUGAAAGUGGAAGAGUAUUGCCUCAAGUGCAAUAUUCUGUUAACUGUAUAUAAUGAUCUCAGCGGUGGCAAGUGUUAAAAACGUUUAAAAGUGUAGGCUAUAAAAACCCUUUUUUAAAAAUACUGUAAUAUAAGUGAGAUGCAGUAUACUUAAUACAAACUUGGGCAAGUUCUCAGGCCCUUGUGUGAUUGCAUCAUGCUGGGACAGGUGUUCACAAGUGCUUCCUCUGAAGAAUGUGUUCAGAAGCUGUGUAUGAGUUACUGUGUAAUGUAUCACUAGCGCUUUUGUAAAUACUUCAACUGUGAUUUUAAUGGUCUGCUUCCCUUACACUUUACUGAUUGGAGAAUUUUGGAAAGUACCAAAGAAACAGGGGAUAAAUCGCCAGUAUUAUAUCUUCAUGUUGUUUGUUUCCUUCCCUCUGGCCACUGAAGGGAUCCUGGUCCAUCAGCAGGCAAGCUCCUAACCAGGGCAGCGUGUGUGGUUGGAAGCACCAGCCGCCCACCAGCAGAAGCCACACCGCUGCCAUACCAGGCCCUGGUGAGCUUGUUCAGUGGCCUUUCACUGUCACCAGCGUGGACAACACACAGCAAUGGGGGUGUACAAUUAGACACUACAUACAUAUCAAGUCCAGUCCCAGUGUCCCUCCCUGUUCCGCCCUGCAGCCUGAAAUGCGGAGUUCUUGUCGCAAACAGUAAGGCCAGCGAGGCUUUUGAUGUGCCUGGAUGCUGUAAAUCUCAGGGCUGAGCGGGGAGUAUUAGGAGGGACACUGGGCUUGGGGAUCCAUGAGGCCUUUUUAUGUAGAGCAUCUGAGGUCGUCCUGUAGAGCCACUGUUGUCUUCUGACAGUGAGAGACAGUAUGACUAAAAUGUUAAGAGCCUGAAACCAUGGAAAUGCUGCUAAUAUUUUUAUAUUGACAUACAUUUUCACGGUACUUCAUUGUAAUUUUUUCAUUAAUCAACCAUAUUAAAUUUAUAAUAAAAAAGUGCCCCUCAAAAAUUUA